AGUGGAGCUGUUGAAGUGACGGGCACAUGGCCCAACAAUUUAUUAGCUCCUCUCUGCACCCACUAGGCCAUCCUGCUCCACUGCAACAGCCACUGCAUCCUCCGCAACUCGCUAUGGCCAGCUACAGGGAACGCCAACAUCCGCUGCCGCUGCCGCUGCUGCUCCUGUGCCUCUCGCUGGCCACUUGGGGCGCCUUUGGCUAUCUGAACAUUUUCAUCAGCCACCACGAGGUGAUGAAACUGAUGGGACUCGAGGCGGAUCUGUUCUACGUGCACGAGGGAUCCAUUAACACAUACGCGAUGCACUUCACCGUCCCGGUGCCCGCGGACGUGCACGAGCUGGAGUUCUCCUGGCAGAGCCUCAUCGCCUAUCCGCUGCCCUACGCCAUCAGCAUCGAGUACGCCAACGACCAGGACGCCCUGGGCACCCCAACACUCAGCAUCCCCCACAAGGGCCUGGUGCCGCAGGAGAUCGAGUCCUUCCUGGUGUACCUGCCAUGCACGGGCAACGCCAGCCUCCAGCUGCCCGUCAACGUCAACAUGGUGGUGCGAGGACCCCCGCGCUUCAACGACACCAGGCUCCACUUCAAGCGCAACAAGAUCUGUGCCAAGGGCAUCUCACCCGAACCGAACCAAUCGCCAGCCCCCGCCCACGCCCCCUCCCAGGGCCCUGCCCUGCUGAGUGCCGCAGCCUGUGCUCUCGGCCUGGUCCUGGCCGUGGGCCUCGUGGCCAGCAUGAUGUAUUUGCGGGCUCGCAAGCAGCUUCGCCAGGACUCGCUGCAUACAAGCUUCACCACCGCGGCCUAUGGCAGCCACCAGAACGUGUUCAUCCGCCUCGACCCGCUCGGACGGCCACCGAGUGCCACUGGCUCCUACGCGACCAUCGCCAGCCUCAACAAGUACCCCGGGGAGACGAAGAAGUCGUGCAGCAUAUUCGACCGUUUCCGCAGCUCCCCCGUUCCGACGCCCUACGCCACCGCACUGCUCCCGAUGGGGGACCAGACGCAGACCGGAGAAACAAUCUACUCGAAGCCAGAGUCGAUCUGUCCCUCGAGGAUAUCCUACUACGCCUCCUCGCAGCUGACCCAGCCGCAGGAGAGACAAUCGGAUGCCCCGCUGGACGAGCACGAGUAG